CAACAUAACCUGAAAGAUAUAAAAUAUACUUUUAAUAGAUGAAACUUAUCCCUGUAUGAAUAUGUUGAAAUGAAAUGAAUUAAUCGGAAACACCAAGAAGUACCUCCAAAUGUGAAAAAUCGGAGAUUUACUAAGUCAAGAAAGUGCUAAUGUAUUACUGUUCUUUUAGAUUACAUUUAUCAUAUUUACACAUUUAAUUGUAUCCCAUCAUGGUCUUUCAGGCUAUUCGGUCCAAUUAAAAGAUUUCCAAAAUCUAUUUUUAUGACGUCAUCAUUUUGGAUAUAUGUGCGAAAGGGAUUUGUUCUUUUAUUUUCCCACACCUUUGCUUUGGUUGUGAUUAAAAAUAACUCGUGUUUAAAAUAAGUGCAGUCAUUUCUUCAAAGCUAGAAAUAAUUAUUGACGAACAGAAACUUUCGAGGUUCACUUGAUAGAAAGUUUUAGCAUAAAGAAUAAGCUAAACCAUGUUGAGUAAGCACACCAGUUUAUGACUGUUUUAAAGAUCCCAGAUUCUUUCAAACUUUGGUCGCCGCCCCGCGGCAGAAACUGCCGCUUCGAAAACAGCUAUAUCAGUGGUUUUGCAUUAAACUUUUGCAGAUUUCAGGCUUUUCUUAUACGCCAUUAUUUGGGGAUGGGGUUGGCUUUAAACAUUAAAGCUGACAAUUAAAACGGUGCCUACAGUAGAGUAGGUGCUGUUCGCUUGCCAUGUUAUAUUUCUCGACUUUUUAGCCGUCAGCCGUCAAUGCUUCUUUUUCUGCUUUGUAACAAGAGAUCCUACGUUGUCCGUGAACUAUGUUUUAUGAAGCCAAAAAUUGAAUUUUGUCCUACAGAAAAGCCUACUGCAAUUCUGCAACUUUUACGUUUACUGCAAAUCAAUAACUUACUUUCAUUUAAAAAAUUUGUAACUUGCGGCCAAAGGCGUGCAACAGUGACAGCCGUGCGCUGGAUUUGCAGCUGGAUAAAGUCGCUUAAUUUUAAUGCCAAUCUAAGAAUGGGGUUUUAACAGAAUAUGUAGAUAUUUAGCCUGCGGCCAUAGGAUUUGUGAUGCAGGGUAAGAUACAAGCACACAGAAAAUUUGAAUAAUUUCGCAACGUAGUUUCUUUUAUGUGAUUUUUUUACACAAACACCACAGCAGUUGUUGCCUAUAGCUUUUAAAGGGCGUUACUGUGUUAUAUUUUCCAGUAGGCUUUGCUAUAGAAGUUGUAUCAAAGGACUAAGGUUCCUUGGUUGCUACAGAGGCCAAGUGUCAUAAUACGAUAGGAAAUCACAAAAAUUAGAGUUACAUACUUGUUGGUAUUCAUUUUUAACCUUGAUGGUCAUUUUACCUUUCAGAAGAAUCUUCAAGAAAAAGAUAUUUUAGUAUUUCUAGGGAACAAAGAUACUGCAAUUCUUCUCAACCAUUAACCUUUUGGUGUAUUUCCAUACAAAUACCCCUAUCUUCUAAGAAGCCUUUAUUUCAAUUUUUGUGCUUUUUAGCUUCACUUGAAUUUGUUGUUCUUGCCAGUCCAAUUGUAAUUACUCGCUGUAUUGCUUUCCGUUUAAUAUUAUCUCUGUCUUUUGAACACAGCUUCACACGUUGCACUCAAGCUGACAAAAUACGAAACUGGUUAGCAUGGGGUAUACAAAAAGGGUGUGCAUGCUUUCAUGUUGUAUUCAGAAGAGUUACUCAGACCCAGAACCAACUUUUGAGAGAAUCAAGACAUAGAAAAUGUCUGAGGCGACACAAACAGAAAAAAUCACGCUGUACUUUUCUACUGUUCCCAGUAAUCAUGAGAUGAGGAAGGCUCAACAGGAAAUCGAGGCAGCUAUGCAAUCAUAUAAAAUCGAUUACGAAAUAAAAGACGUCGCUGCUUCAGGGAGAGACAAGAUCAGAAUGAGGUCGUACGCUGAGGACGAGAAGGCGCUUCCCCCGCAGAUUGUAAACAAGCAUUACUAUUGUGGGGACUACAAAGGUUUUCAAGCCGCAAUGGAAACGAAAACACUCGGCGAGUUCUUAAAGCUUAAAAGGAAGCUGGAUUUGUCCAUUUGAAAUAAAACUCUUAGUAAGUUCUGUGGUAUUUCAAAACAUUGAUUAAUUACUUAGUUUUCGAAUGCGUCAAUGAAUUAUCUAGUGGAAGGAA